AUGGCAAGUAGUAAUCAACGUGGGAAAACGCGCAAAAAUGGUCCUAUGCAAGGAGAUUUUGGUGGUCAAUCCGUAGUAGGUAAUCAAGCGACUAUUUUACCACCACCAAUGGCUCAUAUUAUUGCAAAUGGAAGUGCCAGACAACAGUCUGCUCCUUUAGGCUAUCCUGCUGAUAAUGGUCAUAUGGUCGCACAGCCAUAUAAUCAACCAAGGCUGAAUAAUCCAGUAAUGCAGUAUGCGGCUGGCGAAGUUCAAAUUGAAACGCCAUCACAAGGAAACCCGCAAUUGACUACAAUUCAUCAUCGUUUUACUCAGCAAAAUCAAAAUUUUCAUACUUCCUCGACUCAGGUCAAUAAUUAUGCGAGUGCCACCCCUAUUGCUUACCACCAGUCGCAUAUUUAUGGUUCUAAUCUUUUCAGUGUUCCUUAUAUGCAGGCAUAUCCAACGCCUUAUUUUACACAAAUCAUGCAGAAUCAGUAUAAUCCGAAUUUUAUGAGUAGUCAGCAAGCCGAUUUUUUAACUCAACGUUAUACGCAACAACAGGUGCAUAUGGUGAAUCCAGCACCUGCAACGACAGCACACAUUCAGAAAGAGAAAAAAAUAUUAAGGAUCAUUGACCCAGAAACAAAGGUUGUUACAAAUGAAAAGGAAAUUACAGCUUCGAAGAGUGCUCAAUCGACCAAUGAACAACUUCGGAAAUCGGAUUCAGAUAAUCGAGAUAGUAAACCAGGAAUUACACCAUUACCUGCAAAAGAAAUCGGUUCCCAACAAUCUUCAAAUGUUUCCCAACAAUUUUCUUUGAAAGUUGCUCAAUCCAUUUUGGGUGAAUCAGCGGCUCCUUCUUCGUUAUCUGCUUCAGUGCCACCUCCAUCGGUCAGUGAACAAACAGUUUUAGCCAUCCCAAGGCCAUCAGUAUCUGCGCCACCAGUCAAUUCUCUUUCUACAGUUUCACAGAAAAAAGUAUCUCAGUCUUCGAGCGCUGGGCAAUUAGAAAAGAUUAAACAAAAUAAGGGCGUUUCAACUUCAACAAAGGACGAUGUUAUUCCUGGUAAAGAUGCAAUAAUUAAUAAACUUGCUGAUUCUUUUGCUGAAAUGGCAUUUGACGAAAAUCCUAAUAAGGAAGAAUUGGAGAAGGAUUCAGAACUGAUAGAACCACCUUCAGCUGCCGGUCGAGCUGUGGAAAUUGUGCUCGAAGAAACUGAGAAAGAAGAAGAAGAGAAUGAAAAAAAAGCAUCGACGAAAGUUCAAAAUGAACUUCUGCAAAAAAUAACUGAAGUGCGAGAAUCGGAUAUAUCUAUUCAAAAAAAAAUUUAUGGACGAUAUUUUUUAUUGCUUAUACGUGAUUUAUUUAAAAUAGCAAAACACGAUCAUUCACCUAUUUCUAAGACAGAACUUGAAGCCUUAGGUAUAGAUAUCGGCUCUGCGCCUGCAAUACCUAGUGAAAGACAACGGCGAUAUGAUGGAUCAUCUGCAAUGGCCACCAGAGGCUUUAUACCUGGCUGGGCUGCUGAUAAAAAUUCGAACAAGGCUAAACCGAGUGGGCCCGUCAGUCGACCAUCAAUUGAUCGUACUCGUGAACCAGUUGAAUUGCAUAAAGCUGAAAAUGCCUGGAAGCGUGGAGUUGACGCUGGCAAUCCCCUUCAGAAAAAGCUGAAGGUGAUUCGUGAACUUCUAAAUAAAAUUACUCCUUCAACAUUUAACAUACUCAGUCAAGAAUUUCUUAGUCAUCGUGUUACGGAUGAUUCAGAUUUUAUGGAUGGUGUCAUAGGUAUUAUAUUCGAAAAAGCUGUUGAAGAACCGAAAUUUUGCCCACUUUAUAGCGAUUUAUGUAAAAUACAAGUUUCGGAGGAAGCCAAAGACCGUUUUGAUGAAAAUGGUGAAAUUAUUAAAGGAUCGGCGGGAUUCCGCAGUGGAAUCCUAUCACGUUGUCAAUCCACAUUUGAAUCAAAGCGUGAAAACGAAGUAGCUACUAGAAAGAUUGCUAUCGAAGAAGAACCAGAUGAAGUAAAAAGGAAGGAGCUGAUGUUAGAAUUUCUGGAGAAUGAAGCCAAGGAACGUCGACGUAUGUUUGGAAAUAUUACUUUUAUGGGCCAGUUGUUCAGACAUGAUCUUAUUGUACCAAGAAUUCUUAAUUGGUGCAUCAUUCAUUUGUUGAAAAAUCACACCGAAUCGGAAAAUGGAGACGAAGAGAGUGUCGAAUGUGCUAUAAGAAUGAUUGAAACUGUUGGCCCGAAGGCUGAUCGUCUUCUAGCUGAAAAGCGACUUGCGGAGGCGCUGAAUUCUUCGACUUCUGGGGAAACUCAGAAAAAUGACGAAAAUUUAUUCGAUUCAUCGCUUUAUAUAGAUUUUCUUUGCAAUCAACAAAAUCAAUUUUCUAAUCGUCUUCGUUUUUUGACAAUGAAUCUUAUUGAAACAAGAAAAAACAAAUGGACCCCUCGAAGGACUGCUGAAGGACCGAAAACUAUUGAAGAGGUGCAUGAUGAUGCUCGUAGAGAAGAACUUCUGAAUAAAUACCAACGUGAACAGUAUGAAAAAAAACGCUACGAUGGAAGAUCUUCCUCAGAUAAGCGAAACCAGAUUCAAAAACCAAUGAUUAUAUCACGUCAAUCGCAGGAUGGGCGUUAUAUCAAUAAAGGAUCAGAUUCUAGUCGAGAUCAAAAAGCCAGAGCAGCUGGUGCUGCGAAUUUAGUGACUAGCACGAUUAGCAGAAAGAAUCAAUCCCUUAAUAGUGUUGGUUUACAAGACGUGGAUCAACCUCAAUCUUUUUGCGCUCGUCGGCCUCAUUUUUCAUGUGGUAGUGGUGGUGGUGGUCAACAAGCCGAUCGAACAAACGUGCAGGCUCGUGGUUUAGCAGGAGGGCUUCGUGGUGCCGGGCGUGGUGUAAUACCUACUCGGGAAAAUUCACGACCAAGAAGUCGUGAAUCAUCGGAAACACGAAAAUCUUCGAGGAAUGAUGAGCGCAUUUCUGUUUUUCCAAUAGCGCAGAAUAAAGAUUCACAGCGAUUCGGUGGUUAUGCGAACUCUGUAGCCGGUGGUUCUGCUGAAGAAGAAAGGCAGACGUGUGGUAAUACUAAUGAAAAUAAUGAGGCAAAUGAAAAACGCGGAUUUCAAGUACUUCAUGCUGAUUUACUGGAAUGUUUUAAGAAUAUUUUAUCUAUAGAAGAGGCAUUUAAUUCUGUGAAUGACGCAUGCACAUCGUACUCACCUCGGAAAGCUUUUAAAUGGAUAAUGCAAAUAGCUGUUGAAAAAAUUUCUGGUGUCGGGCAUCAGAGGCGUACGGGUCAAGUAAUAUGUAGAUCUUUGCAAAAGUCAGAUAUCAAAAAAGAUGCAUUACUAGGCAUAGCAGAUUUUUGCAAGUAUGCUGUGGAUAAUGAAUUAUGGUAUGAGUGCGGAAAGCUGUGGGAAAUGGUAGCCGAGAUAAUCUGUUGGUCUAUUAUGUGCGAUAUUGAGCAGUUCGGCGGAGCCAGAGCAUCUCUAAGAGAUUUUGAACUUGCGUUUAAAAACGCCAAUCGAGACUCCAGAGUUCCGGAUGCUUUAUUAAUUUCGGUCCUAAAACGACUGGCAGAAAUUGAAUACGAAAAAGACAAGCAAGUAUGUUCGUUAGGAAUGGCAUUCGAAGAAAUCAAGGAACUGCAUUCGGAAUCUUUGAUUGAGGCGUUAAAAUCAUGUAAAUUAUCGUUUGGAGGCAAAAAUCUCUUCGAGUUGCUCAAUUAA